AUGUUCUAUGCUUUGGGAACAAACGACGAAUGGAUAGUCCGCAAAUUUGCAUGGUUCGGCGGAGAUGUCAACUUGGUAUACGGCGAGGAUAAACUUCCACUGCUCGCAUUUGCCAUUGUCAACCGCGAUAACCUACGAAGCGACACUAAUGUCGCUGUAGCAACAUUGUUGAGUCUCGGGACUGCAGUUGAUUUCAUUCCGAACAAGUUUUAUUCACCGUUCUGCGUCAAUAACCCAUAUAAACGGAAGCAGAUAGUAUGCCCGACCUGGCAGAUGACAAUAAGCAUUGCUAUAUGGCCCAAGGACUGGGAGAAGGAAGAAGCAACCGCUGGUAAUGGUCUUUGCCGGCCACAGUGGGCACGGGAAAACGGAGCUAGCCAGACAACUGAGCCAUCUCCUAUCGCUAGAAUUGAAGUUGUCGACUGCAUAACUUUCAAGAGCGUGCAUGAGCUCUUUGGUCCCGGGGCACCAUACAAUUGCUCGGCACAUGACUCCCUUUUGAGUAACUUCCUGGCCAGGAAAGGCGGGCAGCCAGGUAUUGAGUUCCUUGAUGAAUUUGAAAAGACGACCGCUAACAAUCAUGAUGCCCUCUUGAUUCCUUUCGACAAGGGCAUGGCAUUAUUUUCUUUUGAUGUGAGCAUGACUGAGUCCGCUCUUUACAGGAGAAUAUGA